AUGUCAUUCCGUCGGGCCGCUUUGGUGCUCCUGUGCGCGGGGCUGGCCGUGACUUCGCCGCUGCACGAGGACAUCCAGGAGAACACCGGCAGCGCGAGGUGCACGUCCAGGUGCCUCAGUCUGCACGUGACUCAGCUGAGGGCUGCGUUCCAAAACCUCCAGAGUGACAAAGUUCUGGUUUGGUGUGAGAACCACAGACGCUGCGCGCAGUGCCUUCAACCAUGCAAAGAACUGUUGGAAACCAGGAAGGUGCUUUCUCCAAAGUCUUGUGAGAAGCAGACAGAGUGUGUGACGAGCAGAGAGUUUCUGACCUCCCUGAGGUUGUCUCGCCAGGGGGACUGCCCCCCCCCUCAGCGGGCCACUGGAUUCGCUGCAGCCUGCGUGGAGAGCUGCUCGCUCGAUGGCCACUGUCCGUCCUCCAGGAAAUGCUGCCCUAAUGGCUGUGGGCACACUUGCCAAGCCCCGGCCAAUCUAUAUAAAGGUGUUCCUCUGAAGCCUCGCAGGGAGAUGAUCUUUGCCGAGGAUUCAGAGGGUCGUGUGAAGGUUGCGUGGGUGUCAAAGUUCAACGUCACCGUGGAGCCCGUCGUUUACAUGCUCCAGUCCCGCUGGAACGUCGGGAUUCAUCCUAGCGAAGACCAUGCCUCUCCGUGGACUACCGUUGCCAUGACGCUCUCUGAACAGGUGGUCCUGUUGGAUUUGAGACCUCAUCGCUGGUACCAGUUCAGAGUAGCAGCCAUCAACAGCCACGGCAGCAGAGGCUUCACCACACCCAGCAAACACUACAUCUCCACCAAAGACCCUUCACCUCCAGAACCACCAAUUAAUGUCAGAGUGAGCAACCAAACUCUGGACAGGACGGCUUCAGAAACAAGCCUGCAGCUCACAAAGAGGUCAGGGGGAAGUGGAGUCACGGUGGCGCUGUUUUUAAGAUGGGAGCCCCCGACAGAGGGAGACCUGCCGGUCCACAACUACAGAAUCACUUGGAUGUCUCGCCACACACACACGGCGCAUAAACACACACAAACGCUGCAUACAAAAACGCACACUGUGCACAAUAAAGUGCACACGCGACAUACACACUCACGCACACCAGAACUGAGUAAAAAGGAAAGCAACAGCAGAGUUACUCAAGGGGCCCAGUGUGAGCUUUGGCUGCAGGGUUUGCUGCCUGCUACUUCCUACUUCUUGUCUGUCCAGACUGUUGCCUAUUGGGGCCAGAUGAGGCUGAAAAGUCACAGAGCCCAAAUUGUCUUCACCACCAUAACUCACACAGCUGAAGACUUCUCCAACGAGCUCCCUUUGUCAUCUUCAUCGUCUCUUCCCUCCUCUCCCUCCCUCUCAUCCUCCUCCCCGUCUUCCUCUGACCUUAAUCCUGUCCCCCCUGGCAAUCUGCGCCUGGAGGUCACUGCCCCUCAUUACCAUGACAACCAGCUGCAGGUCAAGGUGUUCUGGAAGUGGCCUCACCAGGGCAGGCAGCGGCAUCCUGGUCCGUACAUAUUGCGGUGGCGUCCACAUACCUGCAGCACUAACGUGACAAGCACGGAGAGAACAACAACUGUGCAGGGCACCCAUUACACCAUCAGAGGCCUGCUGUUUUCCUGUAAGUACCGGGUCGCCGUGGUGAUGAAGGCUGACCAAGGGUUGGAGGCUGUUGCCUGGGUUACAACACCGCCUUGCUCCUCCAUCAAUGUCAGACGAGACAAAGCUUUGACCUGCAACACUGAAGAGCGCCUCCUGGCCGGCAGAAAAGUGGUACUGCGUCCAGAACGACUGACUGCAGACUUUCAACAAGUAAAUGGCACCCUGCUCAUGCAGCUUCGCUGGAGGAUAUCCCAUCAUGCACUGGACUCGGCCGCUGUGGAGGGGUUCCAAUUCACCUGGACACUGCAAUCAGGAGUCAACAUGGCAACGAAAGGGCAUGAAGACACACUCAUCUCCCAGACACAGACCAUUGCACCUUCUCAGCGGUUGGUGAUGGUUCAGGGUCUUCAGGCUGACAGUGUUUACCAGCUGCAGCUCCAGGUGUUAACAGCAGAGGGCAGCAACGGGACCUCAGUCUCCAAGACUGUACACACUCCAGCUAUCACUGCCUCACUUUGAUAGUUAAUGGCCCAAUCCCCACAGCGGUCACCGUCUGCCACACGAAUCUCAUCUUCACAAACAUGAACUUCUCCAACCAAAUGGUGUACAAAUUGUAAAAAAUAACUUUACUCAUACGUGAUGCUUGUUUGAAACACUAAGUAUUUACAAUUGUCUAACACAUGUAUCCUUAAACCAUAUUUGUUCUAUUUUUUUUAUUAUUAAAGCGCAACAAUUAAAAAAUGACCAUGAUUGGCAUUACUGCCACAGCAAUGCAGGACGUGCAUGUGCAAAGCAAGACUCCUUGCAUAUGUUUGUUUGCUGAUUAAAUGGGAGUAAUCAGGUCAUUUCUAAUCCUCUAACAUCACUGAAGCCAAAUGUUAGUUCUAAAGAGAAUUAUAAUGCCUUUUGUUUUGAAGUAGAGAAUGAUAUAGCACUGAGCAUAUGUACAGAUAGAAAUGUAUAGCAACAGGCUAACUGUGUUCAUUACAAUGCAUAAUCUGAUGCAUUAUUUUUUAAAGCCAGAGUGUGUGACGUCUUGAAUAAAGCUCAAAUAUAUUGUAAUAAUGUUUUUCAUAUGUUUAAAUGAACAAUAUCUUCACUUAAAUUGUUUUGAAUCUUGCAGUUUUGAUAGAUUUAGUCUUUUCUGCAACAUUACUUUGCGUAAUAAUAAACCCAUUACAAUACAAUAUGACAUUUAAUAUAGAUAGUCCUGUGUUAAAUAUUUCUUUGUUUUGCUAAAGCAUCAGCACUAUUUUCAAAUGGCUAAUGUCAAGCAACCAGUAAUUAUCAUGUUAAUAUUGUCUUGUAUGUAACCAUUUAUUUACAUUCAGCUAGUGAAAAUGUAUUUAAUCACUUAUCUUUUUGACUGUUAGUUUAAUUUAUU